AUGGGUUGUUGGCAUGGAUUGAAAGAUGAGGAGGUAGGUUCCAAGCAGAAUGCUUCAGUAGAAGUGGUAGCACAUGUCAGGGUUCCCAGUGUGCAUCCUUCCACCCAGAAGGCUAACAACUGUGACAUGCGUGACCCAUUCUUUAAAGACAUUCUGCAUUUGCAUGAACAUCAGGAAACACAUGCUGAGGAGACUCCCUACACAUGUGUAGCAUGUGGAAGAGAGUUUUGGUUCAGUGCAAACCUUCACCAACAUCAGAAGGAGCACAGUGGAGAAAAGCCCUUCAGAAGGUACAAGGACAGGGACUUACUAGUGGAGAGCUCAAUAGUCUGCCUGUCAGAGAAGCCAUUCACCUUUGGGUUAUGUGGUAAGGAUGUCUUGGACAGCAAUAACCUCCUCCAGAAGCCAAAGGCUGAUGGCAGUGGGAAGCCACGUAGCAGCACAAAGUGCAAGGAGGCCUUACCACACUGUUCCAAUCAUGGACAGCUCCCAGAAGUCCAUAGCUCACAGAAGCCCUUCAAGUGCAGUGGCUGUGGAAAAGCCUUCCAGAAGGGUUCCAUCUUGCUCAACCACCUGAGAACUAACUCUGAAGAGAUAGUUAGACACCCAAGAAUUGGAAAUUCCUUAGAGGAGAAAUCAACCCUAGUUAAUGACCAAAAAUUUCACACUGGAGAAACAUCUCAUGUAUGUGAGGAGUGUGGGUAGGCCUUUAGUCACCCAUCUAAACUGAGGAAGCAUCAGAAAUUUUACAGUGGAGUAAAAUAGGAGUGCAGCAACUGUGGGAAAACCUUCAGCCACAAACUCAUACUUGUUCAUCACCAUAGAAUUCACACAGGAGGGAGUUCCCGUCGUAGCGAGACAAAAAAAAGAAUUCACACAGGAGAAAGGCCUUACAAGUGCAAUGAAUGCGGGAAAGCUUUCAAUAACAGGUCACACCUCACUCGGCAUGAAAAAGUUCACACUGGAGAAAGACCUUUUGAGUGCAGCAAAUGUGGAAGAGCCUUCAGCCAAAGCUCCAAUUUCCUUCGGCACCAGAAAGUUCACAACCAAGUAAGACCUUAUGCAUGCAAUGAAUGCAGUAAAGCCUUCAGCCGCAGCUCUGCUCUCAUUCAGCACUGGAGAGUUCACACUGGAGAAAGGCCUUUUGAGUGCAAUGAGUGUGGAAGAGCUUUUAACAGUAACUCCAACCUUGCUCAGCAUCAGAAAGUUCACACCGGAGAACAGCCUUUUGAAUUCAUCGAAUGUGGGAGAGAUUUUAGCCAAAGCUCCCACCUCUUUCGACAUCAGAAAGUUCACACUGGAGAACGGCCUUUUGGAUGCAGUGAAUGUGGCAAAGCAUUUGGCAAUAGCUCCAUACUCACUCAGCACCAGAAAGUACAUACUGGGCAAAGAUGCUAUGAGUGCAGUGAAUGUUGAAAAUCCUUCAGUCGCAACUCCAGCCUGAUUCAGCACUGGAGAAUUCACACUGGAGAAAGGCGUUAUAAGUGCAGUGAAUGUGGGAAAGCCUUUGCUCACAGUUCCAGUCUCAUUGAGCACUGGAGAGUUCACACAAGAGAAAGGCCUUAUGAAUGUAAUGCAUGUGGGAAGUUCUUCAGCCAAAACUCCAUUCUCAUUAAACAUCAGAAAGUUCACACUGGAGAAAAGCCUUAUAAGUGCACUGAAUGUGGAAAAUUCUUUAGCCGCAAGUCCAGCCUCAUUUAUCACUGGAGAAUUCACACUGGGAAAAGGCCUUAUGAGUGCAGUGAAUGCGGGAGAGUUCACACACAAGAAAGGCCUCAUGAGUGCAGCCAAUGUGGAAAAGCCUUCAGUGAAAGAUCCACACUUGUUUGACACCAGAUAGUUCACACUAGAGAGAGGACUUACACGAGUGCAGUAGCUGUGGGGAAAUCUUCAGCCGCCUCUGCAAGCUUGCUCAGCAUAAAAGGAUUCAUACCUGAGUGAAACUUUAUGAAAAUAGUAUUUGCGAGAAAAUCUUCAGCCACGUCAAACUUAAUGCAGCAGCAUAUCCACAGGGAAAUUACCUGGAGUUCCCACUGUGGUGCAACAAGAUCAGUGGCAGUCUCUAAAAUUCUGGGAUGCCAGUUUGAUCCCCAGCCUGGCCUAGUGGAUUAAGGAUACAGUA